AUGAGCAUAAAGAGAGGCAUAGACGGUUUUAUUGCCCAACUGGCAGGAGCUUCUGGGAGGCACGGCUUGCGCAGGGGAGCUUCUGAUGUGAUGCAGGCCGCGCUUCUUGGCAGUGAAAUGUUUCGAGGAUACGCCGAAAAAGUCCUGGGGAUCGACCUAGGAACAACGAACUCGUGCGCAGCCGUGCUGAGGGACGGAAAGGCAGAGAUAGUACACAACAUGCUCGGGAAGAGAACCACGCCCUCGGUGGUUUCCUUUUCAGGCGGGCGCGCAAGCGUGGGGGAAAGCGCCCGAAGGGAGCUGGCCGCAAGCCCACAGUCGGUGAUAAGCUCUUCCAAGCGCCUCAUGGGCAGGAAGUACACCGACCCCGAAACCAUCGAGCACAUAAGCACCGUGCCCUACAAAAUUGUGCCGCACACAAACGGAGACGCGUGGAUCGAGGUGGAGGGAAGAAAGUACUCUCCCCAGGAGGUUGGGUCUGAGAUUCUCAAGUAUCUAAAAAGCUCGGUUGAGCAUGUUUUGAAAGAGCAAAUAAAGAAAGCUGUCAUAACAGUUCCCGCGUAUUUCACAGACGCGCAAAGAAAGGCCACAAAGAUAGCGGGAGAAAUUGCGGGGCUUGAGGUUAUGCGGGUGAUCAACGAGCCCACCGCAGCAGCUCUUUCGUACGGGAUAGACACGAGCAAGGACGGGACUGUGGCGGUUUACGAUCUGGGCGGCGGGACUUUUGACGUGUCCAUACUGGAGAUCAAGGACGGAAUAUUUGGCGUGAAGGCGACAAACGGAAACAGCCAUCUGGGAGGGGAGGACUUUGACGCUGCGCUGUCAAACCAUCUGAUAGAAAAAAUAGAGAGCCGGCAUGGCGUGCAGGUCAGGUCUAUGCCAGAGCUGCUGCAGGAGGUGCGGGCGGCUGCAGAAAGAAUAAAGUGUGCGCUAUCUGAAAAGGAAACCGCAGAAGCCCGGUUUUCGCACCUGCCCGCAACAAGGCCGGGGGCAACGUCUGAAGACGCUGUGUUCCAAGUUACCCGGGCAGAGUUUGAAGAGAUAAUUGCUCCGCUGAUUGAAAAAACGCUGGGGCCGUGCAAAGAAGCCAUGCUGGACGCAGACAUAAAAAAGGGCGGCAUAGACAGCGUGGUGGUGGUUGGAGGCAUGACCCGAAUCCCUGCCAUCCGAAGAGCUGUUGAGCGCGUGUUUGGCAAAAAGAUAACGCUGGGGGUCAACCCGGACGAAGCCGUUGCAGCAGGAGCUGCAGUCCAAGGGGGGAUACUUGUUGGCGAAAUGAAAGACUAUUUACUAAUUGAUGUGGCCCCGCUCAGCCUGGGCAUAGAGACACUUGGAGGCAUAUUCAGCAAGAUCGUGGAAAAGAACACCUCAAUCCCGAUCAAGAAAACACAGACCUUUACGACGUCCGAGGACGGACAGACCUCUGUAACAGUGAAGGUGUAUGAGGGGGAGCGCCCUCUUGUCGCACACAACAAGUAUCUUGGCGAGCUGGUUCUGUCAGGGAUCCCCCCGCUGCCCAAGGGCGUGCCCAAAAUAGAAAUAACGUUUGAGGCGGACGCAAAUGGCAUUUUCACGGUCACUGCGCGGGACAAGGAGACACACGCAGCCUGCAACGUGAAGAUAGAGCCGUCCGGGGGGCUGUCCCGGGAGGAGAUAGACGCCUUGGUGAAGGAGGCAGCAGACGCCAGGCUGGAGGACGAAAAAACAAAGCUUCUAAUAGAAACAAAACAAAAGGUUUCUGAUUACAUUAAACAGCACAGAGAGAUAAGAGAUAAAUUAAAGGGAGAAAUCUCAGAAAGCUCGCUGAGCCGUCUGGACGAAAAAAUUGCCGACCUAACUCUAUACAUGGAAAAAAGUUACGCAAACAAAAAUGAAAUAGAGAACAGGCUUUCCGAUCUGAGAAAGGAGGCAGGGCAUGUGUGGAGAGAGCAUAAAUAA